CCAGGAGGCUGUGCGCGCCCUUCGCUUCCUCCGGGAUCUUCUGAGCGGGCGCGUGAGCGGCUCCUUGCGUAGUGGCCAUGGCUCUCCACGUCCCCAAGGCCCCGGGCUUUGCCCAGAUGCUCAAGGAGGGAGCAAAGCAUUUUUCAGGGUUAGAAGAGGCUGUGUACAGGAACAUACAGGCUUGCAAGGAGCUUGCCCAGACAACUCGUACAGCAUAUGGACCAAAUGGAAUGAACAAAAUGAUUAUCAACCACCUGGAGAAGUUGUUUGUGACAAAUGAUGCAGCGACUGUUUUAAGAGAGCUAGAAGUACAGCAUCCUGCUGCAAAAAUGAUUGUAAUGGCCUCUCACAUGCAAGAGCAAGAGGUUGGAGAUGGCACAAACUUCGUUCUGGUUUUUGCUGGAGCUCUUCUAGAAUUAGCUGAAGAGCUUCUGAGGCUCGGCCUGUCUGUUUCAGAGGUCAUAGAAGGUUAUGAAAUAGCCUGCAAAAAAGCCCAUGAGAUUCUUCCUGACUUGGUAUGUUGUUCUGCAAAAAAUCUUCGGGAUGUUGAUGAAGUGUCAUCUCUACUUCAUACCUCCAUAAUGAGUAAACAAUACGGUAAUGAAGCAUUUCUGGCCAAACUUAUUGCUCAGGCAUGUGUAUCUAUUUUUCCUGACUCUGGCCACUUCAAUGUUGAUAACAUCAGAGUUUGUAAAAUUCUGGGCUCUGGUGUCCAUUCCUCUUCAGUAUUGCAUGGCAUGGUUUUUAAGAAGGAAACUGAAGGUGAUGUAACGUCUGUCAAAGAUGCAAAAAUAGCAGUUUACUCUUGUCCUUUUGAUGGAAUGAUAACAGAAACUAAGGGAACGGUAUUGAUAAAGACUGCUGAAGAAUUGAUGAAUUUUAGUAAGGGAGAAGAAAAUCUCAUGGAUACGCAAGUCAGAGCUAUUGCUGGUACUGGUGCAAAUGUCAUCGUAACAGGUGGCAAAGUGGCAGACAUGGCUCUUCAUUAUGCAAACAAAUACAAUAUCAUGUUGGUGAGGCUGAACUCAAAAUGGGAUCUCAGAAGAUUAUGUAAAACAGUCGGUGCUACAGCUCUUCCUAGAUUGACUCCUCCUGUCCUUGAAGAAAUGGGACAUUGUGACAGUGUUUACCUCUCAGAGGUUGGAGAUACACAGGUGGUUGUUUUUAAGCAUGAAAAGGAGGAUGGUGCCAUUUCUACCAUAGUGCUUCGAGGCUCUACAGACAAUUUGAUGGAUGAUAUAGAGAGGGCAGUAGAUGAUGGUGUUAAUACUUUCAAAGUUCUCACAAGGGAUAAACGUCUUGUACCUGGAGGUGGAGCAACAGAAAUUGAGUUAGCCAGACAGAUCACGUCGUAUGGAGAGACAUGUCCUGGACUUGAACAGUAUGCCAUUAAGAAGUUUGCUGAGGCAUUUGAAGCUAUUCCCCGGGCACUGGCGGAAAACUCUGGAGUUAAGGCCAAUGAAGUAAUCUCUAAACUUUAUGCAGUACAUCAAGAAGGAAAUAAAAAUGUUGGAUUAGAUAUUGAGGCUGAAGUUCCUGCUGUAAAGGACAUGUUGGAAGCUGGUGUUCUAGAUACUUACCUGGGAAAAUACUGGGCUAUCAAACUGGCUACUAAUGCUGCUGUCACUGUACUUAGAGUGGAUCAGAUCAUCAUGGCAAAACCAGCCGGUGGGCCCAAGCCUCCAAGUGGGAAGAAGGACUGGGAUGAUGACCAGAAUGACUGAGAGGCUAGAUUUUUACUGUGGUGAAGGCGGUGUUCGUGGUAGUGCUCUAGGAAUUGCCUCAUGUUUUCAUGUUCUCCUAAGUUAAGAAGUGUUUUGUGUAUCUUGUAUUCUCGGUUGGAUGAUACAAUAAACAUGUUACUAUCAAA